UCAUCCGGGCUUUUUUCCUUUAAGGAACGUCGCGAGGUGGUCACGUGACGAUGGUGAGCCAAUCAGCGCGCGGUGACGUGGACGCUGCUCAGCCCUGGCUGAGGCGGCGGUUUGGCUGGAUUAAUUUUUUAUUAUUAUUUUUUGUGGAGGGAUGUUUUAUUUCUUCUUAUUUUUUUCCACUUCGGCGCCUAAACUCUCCGGGAUUCGUUAAAAUGGGAUUCUUCGUGCCGGGGCCGUCGAGAUGGCGCGCCCUCUUCUUCCCCUGCCUGCUGGCGGCCAAUGGGGAUCCUGGGGGAGGGCAAUGUGGGUCUCGUGGGCCUGGCCGUGGAGUCCACGCCGGGGAAGCGGAUCCGCAAGCCGUCGCUCCUCUAUGAGGGCUUCGAGGGCCCCACCAUGGCGUCUGUACCAGCCCUUCAGCUGACCGCAUCCAACCCGCCCCCUCCAGAGGUCACCAACCCCAAGAAGCCAGGCAGGGUCACCAACCAGCUGCAGUACCUCCACAAAGUGGUGAUGAAAGCCCUCUGGAAGCACCAGUUCGCCUGGCCCUUCCGCCAGCCUGUGGAUGCCGUCAAGCUGGGCCUUCCGGACUACCACAAAAUCAUCAAGGUGCCCAUGGAUAUGGGCACCAUCAAGCGGCGGUUGGAAAACAACUACUACUGGAGCUCAGCAGAGUGCAUGCAAGACUUCAACACCAUGUUCACCAAUUGCUACAUCUACAACAAGCCCACGGAUGACAUCGUGCUGAUGGCUCAAACAUUGGAGAAGAUCUUCCUGCAGAAGGUAGCCCAGAUGCCUCAAGAGGAGCAGGAGGUCGUGAUCACUGUAGCCAAGAACAGCCACAAAAAGGGGGCGUCUCGGGCGGCAGCCCUCUUAGCAGCAGCCAACGCAGCUGCCCAGCAGGUUCCGGCCAUCUCUUCGGUGUCCCACACUCAGCUCUUCCCCACAAGCACAGACAUCCCCACCACAAUCAUCAGCAUCCCCCACCCGUCGGUCAUCUCCACGCCGCUCCUCAAGCCGCUACACUCCACCGCUUCCUCCCAGCCGGUGCUGGCAGUGCCUGCCCCCACACAACCUGUAGCCAAGAAGAAAGGCGUGAAGCGGAAAGCAGACACCACCACCCCUACUCCCACGGCCAUCAUUGCCACCAGUGGUGGAGACUCCUCUCCUUCAGCUGCCCUGCUGGAGGUCAAGGCAGCAAAGAUCCCUGCCCGGCGUGAGAGCGGGCGCCCCAUCAAGCCGCCCCGCAAAGACCUCCCCGACUCGCAGCAGCACCAGACCUCCAAGAGGGGCAAGCUGUCAGAGCAGCUCAAGUACUGCAACGGCAUCCUCAAGGAGCUCGUGUCCAAGAAGCACGCGGCCUACGCCUGGCCCUUCUACAAGCCGGUGGAUGCCUCUGCUCUGGGUCUCCAUGACUACCAUGAUAUCAUCAAGCAUCCCAUGGACCUCAGCACCAUCAAGCGCAAGAUGGAGAACCGGGAGUACCGCGACGCACAGGAGUUUGCUUCCGACGUGCGACUGAUGUUCUCCAAUUGCUACAAGUACAACCCGCCAGAUCACGAUGUGGUAGCCAUGGCUCGCAAGCUGCAGGAUGUCUUCGAGUUCAGCUAUGCCAAGAUGCCAGAUGAACCCAUAGACAUCAACCCCCCCUCCACGUCACUCCCACAGCCGGGGCUCCUGAUGAAGUCCUCCACAGACGAUUCUUCCAGCGACGACGACGACGAUGACGACGAGGACGACGAGGACGAAGAAGAAGAGGGGGACGAGGACGCGAGCAGCAGCGAGAGCUCCUCCGACAGCGAGGAGAGCUCAGACUCGGAGGAGGAGCGAGCCAAUCGCCUAGCUGAGCUCCAGGAACAGCUGCGGGCGGUGCACGAGCAGCUGGCGGCACUCUCCCAGGGACCAGUCUCCAAGCCCAAGAAGAAGCGUGACAAGAAAGAGAAGAAGAAAAAGAAGAAAUCGGAGAAGCGCAAAGUCAAAGGGGGAGAGGAGGACGCCCGGGCUCACCAGGCCCAGCUCAAGAAGUCCAAGAAAGCAGCUGGCGGCAGUGGCGGCAGCGGUGGUGGUGGCGGCAGCAGCAAGAACUCCAAGAAGGCCAGCGCCAAGCCCCUUCCCCCCCCGCCCCCCAUGCUGUACGACUCGGAGGAAGAAGAGGAGAGCAAGCCCAUGACCUACGACGAGAAGCGCCAGCUCAGCCUGGACAUCAACAAGCUGCCGGGGGAGAAGCUGGGCCGGGUGGUGCACAUCAUCCAGUCGCGGGAGCCCUCCCUGCGCGAUUCCAACCCGGAGGAGAUCGAGAUAGACUUUGAAACGCUCAAGCCUUCCACGCUGCGGGAGCUGGAGCGCUACGUGCUGUCGUGCCUACGCAAGAAACCUCGCAAGCCCUACAGUGAGACCCUGAAGAAGCCGGUGGGCAAGACGAAGGAGGAGCUGGCCCUGGAGAAGAAGCGAGAGCUGGAGAAGCGGUUGCAGGACGUCAGUGGGCAGCUGAAUUCGGCCAAGAAGCCCCCCAAGAAGGUCAGUGAGAAGCCGGAGUCCGCCCAGCAGGUGGCUGCCUCGCGCCUGAGUGCCAGCAGCUCCAGCUCCGACUCUAGCAGCUCCAGCUCCUCUUCGUCCUCCUCAGACACAAGCGACUCCGACUCCAGCUAAGCCGUCUGGUGGCAGCGAGACGACGGGCGGGAAGCAUGUUCGGAAGAGGUUCUGCAGGACCAGAACGGGAGAACGGCACCGCCGCCACCGCCACGCUGGGCUCCCCCGGCAGUUGCGUCGGGGGGGGCGGGGGGCACCGCCGCCGCCGGCUUCCCUGUUCCAUCCUUCGGACCGUGGGGCGAGAGCUGGCCCUGCCGUGUUUGUGCUGUGGCGUGGGGCCCGCGGACUUCACAGUUUGCUCCAGCAGUGGGGAGGGGGGGGGGGCAGUGUUUUACUGUUUUGGUUGAAUCAACAACUUGUGGUUUUUAUAAAGCGUUUAGCAAGUUUGGUUUUGUGACGCUCCUUCCCAGGAGGGGACAGGUAAGGGACUGCCGUGGGGCGCGUGUGCCCCAGAUGCUCAGACUUGGCGCACUGAGCGGAGACGAGACUCUGAUGGGGAAAGGUUGCCUCCUCCGACUCGCCCGUUGGUGCUCGAGGCUCUUUUAUUUAUUUUAUUCCCCCCCCCCCCCCCCCCGUUGGUGGCUUUCCCUGGAAUCCGGAGUGAGUGCAACUGUGUACGUAACCUGGGCAAAAUUGAGACAGCAUGUUCUUCGCCCCUCAAGGGAGGCUGUUCUGGGGGUGGCCCUCUUGAGUUAUUAUUUUUUUUUUUUUACGUUGACUGUAUAUUUUUUUUCUACCGUUCCUUUUAACUCCCCCGUGCCCUUUCCACCUUUUAGGGCCCUGUUUCAUCUUAUUGUAUGUUAAGCCUUCUGGUUCUUUAACAUGUAAAUAAAAAAAAAUAUUAUA